AUGCCUCCGCCCUUUGGCGACAAGAAUGCUUCAGCUGGCCUUUUGGCUACAACUAUUCUAGUGACCGUUCUAAGUGUUGUACUCGUUACGCUACGGUUUGGAACAAGGAUAUGGAUAGUUAAAAGGCUCGGACAUCCUAUUGGGACGGCCCUUGUCGUCGUUCAACUCUCUUAUGGCUUUGGUAGACCUGCGUACUACUUGAGCCCGCAUCAAUUUCGAGAAUUUUCUAAAUACGCAUAUGGGGAAUGGCUUCAGACUUUUGCAACCCUCACUUUCACCAAAGUCUCCAUAUGUCUUUUUUUACUACGUAUCACCGUUACCAAGGCUUCCAUCCGACCUCUGCAGGCCGCCGUGAUUAUCCUGAUUGUGAGCAACAUCGUUUUGAGCCUCGUGUGGAUAUUCCAAUGUACACCAUAUGUGGACAAGGCUUGGGAUGACAAGAAACCUGGCAAGUGUUUCUCUAAAGGUCAACUCGAAAGAAUAAUUAUCUCUCAAGCUCUCAUAUCCAUAAUUUCCGACUUCUUCCUCUCCGCCUUUCCCAUUCUCAUCCUUCGCAAAGUCCAAAUCAGCUUCCGCAGCAAAAUUGGCCUCUGCCUCCUCAUGGGCCUAGGCGUAAUUACCGGCUCCCUGUCCAUCGUCCGCACAAUCCUAAAUUGGCAAAACGAAACCGACGAUCCAACCUGGGCUAGCAUCCCAAAUUGGUACUGGCGCUCAUGGGAAGUCUUCUUCGGUAUUGCUGCCGCAUGCAUACCGACCCUACGACCGGGCUACAAAUGGCUCGUGAGCAAGAUACGCGCUAGGUUCACCAAGUUAGCUAGCGGCGACUCGAAACCGGUAGUGGGCGUGAAGUGGACACCCCCCGAAGCCGUCUGCGCCCUUCAAGUCUUCGAAGAAGCAGACGACAGCAAUCUCAACGAUGGAGCUGAUAUGGAGCAUUAUCCUCCAGGUGAUCAGGAACAGGAACGUUAUCCGCGGGACCAGUUUGGUAACGAGCGGAAAGAGGGGCUGCACAUCCCGGGCGAUCUGAGCACGCAUCGUCCUGGCCAUUUUAAGAGGCUUGACUCUGAAGCGAAGGUUGGAGGUGGACUUGGAGCAGAGGAAGUUGAGGACAGGAUAUGA